GUCUUGUUUUUCUGCCUGUCUGAUUCCAGGUCUGGUUUAGGUUAGGAGCUCGCAUCUCGUGCGCUCUGAUUGGCUGAAAGUUUGGACUGAGGGUGCGUGUUUCACCACACCCUGAGAUAAAUCUUUACUCUGGGCAUUUUUCUGCGGAUCAGCCUCGGGCGCACUAACGGGACGCAGCAGGAUUAUUUCUUAAUUUUCACUAUUUGGAUCUAAAAUACUUAAACGCCACAUUUGGAUACAUUUUAUUGAACAUAGUUAUCAGUGAGGACUUCAGGAAUCUUUCGGCGUAUUAAGAUUAAACUUUUUUUUUUUAACUGUGGAAAGAAAAUCUCCGUUUUUGCUUCUUUAAAUAAGAUUCUGGGACAAUAAACAGUUUUUUCUAUAUUAUACAACUAAAGAGAGAGAAAGAAAAAUAUCUUAACACUUUAAUCUGUUGCGACUUUUGAAGAAUAUUUGAUUUUUGUUGUCGGAGAUCAGCGCGUAAAAACGCACGGCGGCUCCAUGGCGCACAUGUGCAGGCAGAUCACCGGCAGCGCGGCGAGCUGUGCGGGUUGGGUCGGGCUCAUAGUGGCCACGGCCACUAACGACUGGGUCCGAACCUGCGACUACACGGUGGCCACCUGCGUGCGCAUGGACGAGCUGGGGUCCCGGGGACUCUGGGCGGAGUGCGUCAUCUCCCCAUCGCUGUAUCACUGUCAGGCCCUCAACCAGAUCCUCACUCUGCCCGCCUACAUCCAGACGUCUCGGGCUCUGAUGAUCUGCGCCAGCCUGCUCGGCCUCCCCGGGAUGCUGCUGGUCCUCAUGUCGAUGCCCUGCGUCCGGCUGCCGAACGACACCUCCGCCAUAAAGCAGCGCCGCGCCCGAGUGGGAGGCGUCUUCUUCAUCAUCAUGGCCAUCUGUGGCAUCAUAUCGACUGUCUGGUUCCCCGUCGGCGCCCACCAAAGCGACGGCCUGAUGUCGUUCGGCUUCUCCCUGUACGCCGGCUGGGUCGGCGCCGCUCUCUGCCUCCUGGGCGGCUCCAUGAUCUUGUGUUGCCACAGCACCGACCCCGGGACCCCGAGAAGGGAGAACAGCUUCUACUACUCCAGGCAGGGCAGCACCGCCAUGCCGCUGGACCCGCCCGCCAACCACGCCAAGAGUGCACGAGUGUGAAGAAGAGACUCUCAGUUCCUCUUUUUAUAAACUGACGAGUUUUUCUAUUUUCUCCUUUUAACAUUUUUUACUGAAUGACAUUAAAAUAAACAGAAACACAGACAGAGAGUUCAACCACAUGUGGCAGUUUGUCUUAAAUUCAACAAAAUGAGGAAAUGAAUUCAGUUUCAUUGAUUUGCAGUGUUAACGCCCUGUAGGUCACUACACAGACUAAAGACUUUAACUCUGCUGUUAAAUGUUUUUUUGUGUCUGUGUUUCUGUGGCUUUAAAAUAGCAAAUCUUCUUUAAUGUUCUGAUGAUCUUUUGUCCUUUUAGAACUUGUGACUUUAAUGUUCUUUUACUGAUUAUUAUUCUUUGAUUAGCAUGAACAUGUUUCCAAAAUAUUACCUGUUGACAGACGGAGAUCACCUGCUCUGAAGGUGAUUCUAUCUUCCAAUAUCUGGGUCACUUUUCUUUGUUUUCUUUUAGUUGCAACUUCAUUUUAACGUUAUAAUCAGAUCUAUCCGCUGUGUAUGUCUGUGGUUAAACU